CGACAAUAUCCAAUGAGGUGAACAUCAGGGGUAUUCGGUAUUCAUCUAAUGCGACAUAUAUUUAGGUGUAUUGAGUGAGUGAUCGUCACUGAAGCACAGGUCUCUAGAUACUGCCCACUCUGGAUACAUCGUGGGUCUUUCUACUACUGUAUGUGAUGCGUAGUUAUGUUUGGCUUAUCUGAAGUCGCACUGAUAGGAGGUGUUGCAUACUUUGUCGUUGGACCAAACGAGCUCCCCCGAGUGGCCCGAAAUGUGGGCUAUAUGCUGGGCCAACUAUUCCGGGUGGCUAGGAGUGGGCAAGGGGUUGUGAACCAAUUUGUCAAACAAAAUAAACUGGAUGAGCUCCAAAAGGAUUUCUCCGAAGGGGUGGCCGAAUUGCACGCGCUGCGGAGUGAACUCCAAAAUGAAGCUCGCAAAGCCUCGCCUUCGUAUCAGAUUCGAAAUGCGCUGACGCGGAAUGUGACAAAUACCGGGGGAUUGUCGUACAGCUCAAUCACUCGCACCACUGAACAACCUGUUGGGUCAAAUCUCGCCACUGAUAAAACAAAAGAUAAAGACCAACCGGAACCCACGCCAUUGGCAACCUCGGGGAACACAUACACUUCUGGCGUUACACCCACUUCGACCGCAUCAGGCAGCACUAGUAUUAGUACUUCGUUGGGAAUGAACGGCACCCAGUCCGCCACCAAACCGCACACGGGCAACUUUUGUGCCGAUACAAAAACAGUCGCUGACGAUCGCGCAACGAACAUGAAAGUGAUACAACAGCAUAUGGUGCAAGCCAAGCUCCAAAAAAACACAGGGAUUGACACGGUCACUGGAGGGGCCGAUAUACUUGGGGAUGUGUUAUUUGAGCGGGCACUUGCACGACACCAGGCAUUGGAAGACCCAAAGGUGUAAAAGGUGCCGAAACGUGUUGUUAUAGUAUAUGCAGGCUGCAGCCCGCCUUGCAUAUAUCCAGCAUGAACCUUGAUUUAGUGUUAAAAUAUCAUUACACAGACCGGAUACGUUCGAUAGAACGUGAACAUGCCUCGCUCGGUUCUCUGCUAUGCCACUAACUAGAAAUAUGGUGUCAUCAGAGCAGCCAGAGAUAGUUAUAUUCAAAUCAGCAGGAGGCAAUAUCGAACGUGAUGGAGUACUAACGCUUCCAUUCAUCAUUGAUAUUCACAUGUGUUGCAUAUGCAUUACGUGUAUAUUACGCCCGAAAACAUCGUAUUCUGUGCUCUUUAACAACCUUCGAGUAAGUUCUACACUGCAGCGCGUCACUUUCAAUUUGUAAUUGAAUCCCAAUCGAACUGAAAGAUCAAACACUCUGAGCUAUGCCACGCCUUGCCAGCUGUGUCAAAUUGACUUCAAGCUUCCAUAGCCCAUUGUCAUUGGGCUUUGAACCAAGAAGACGAAUCUCCAGAUGGUGCUGAUCACGGCGAUGAUGUUUAAGUAUAAACUCUGUCUGCCGGAAAAGGUUGUGUUUGUAUUGGAAGGCCGCACAUACUCGCGUAUCGGAUACGAAUUGGUGACUGCAAAGUAGAUUAAAUAUGCCAAAUAGUUGUUCUUCCGUAGGGCAUCUGAAGCAGUCUCUCUAGGGGUAACGAAACAACGCGUGCCGCGCCUCGGUGUCUAAAAGCCAAAUAAAUGCGCAUCCUGCUGUCAAUUUAUUCUACAAAGCAUUUGUAGCGUGUGCUCGUCUUGCGGCGAUUCUUUAAGGCAACCCUGCUUGUUGUGCAGCUACCGCACCGUCUCCAACG